GAGGACGUUUGUGUUUAAAGUUUACAAUUCUGGAUUUAACAUGUAGAUGAAAGAUAGGCUACUCAGUUCUGCACUUUAUGCCAAUGUUAUGAUUCAGAAGUGCUAUGAACUCGUUUUCCAGUGCUUUUGGAAAAACACUACUUCCAGAGAUCGAUCCGAUGGACCUGUAGACUUCAGGUUUGCUUUGCAGAGACGCUGCCAGUAGAACAGAGGUUGGUGAGGAGAAUGCAGAGCCAUCAUCAGAACUGAUACAUGGACUUCUUGGUGUAAUUUUGGAAGAAUGAGCAGCGGUCCCACUAUAGUCUACGAGUGGUUGAAGACCCUCCAGCUGUGCCAGUAUGUUGAAGCGUUUGUGGAUAAUGGCUACGAUGACUUGGAGGUGUGUAAACAGAUAGGGGACCCUGACCUGGAUGCCAUCGGUGUGUUCAUCCCUCAUCACCGGCAAAAGGUUCUCCGUGCGGUUAAGAGGCUGAGAGAUGAGGACAAGAAGGUGGCACCUGGACUUUACUUCACCUUAGAACCACUUCCAGGUGUCUCCAGUGUAGGUCUACACUCUUCCCAAGUGUGUGACCCUAAACCCAAUGGCUCAAAGUCAUGGGUCUCUCCUGCAUGGGAUAGAGCAGGACUAAACCCAGGCUUUGAACUGUCCAAUAAUAAUAUAUUGCUUGAAGACCCUAUGGAUCCAGUGACUUACCCCAAACUCAAACUGAAGAUCCUGAUACGGGACAAGCUUGUCAAGGAUGGAAUCGACCUGAGUAAGCCCCCCUACUCAUUUAAGGAUGGCUCUCUGGGAAACAUCGAGGACUUGGCCAAGGAGUACUCAGAGUAUUACAGCACCUCUUACAGUGACGUGUGUGAGAGGAUGGAAGAGCUUCGAAAGCGCAAAGUGUCUCAGGAGGCAGAAACAAAGAAGGCUGAAUCAACGUCCACAUCACUUCAGCUGCGCACAGAAAUCCAGGAGUCGCUGGGCCUGAGCAGUGCUGUGUCAACUCCUGAGGUUGAGAGAAGGCUGUCGAUGCACAAGUCGAGCUCGGAAGAUGGAUCUGGAGGGAGAUGGGACUCUAGAAAGAAAAAUAAAUCCUUCUGGCAAAAUUUUCGCAAGACGCAGAAAGGCACUAUGCGUCAGAUGUCAAAAGGCGAAGACCUGGGCUUUGUUGCCAGCGAGAUCACAAUGAGUGAUGAAGAGCGAAUCCAGCUGAUGAUGAUGGUGAAGGAGAAGAUGAUUACUGUAGAGGAGGCUUUGGCUCGGCUGAAAGAGUAUGAGACCCAAAGCCGACAGUCAUGCAGCACAGACACAACGGAGUGGAUUGACCCUUCCAGUCCAACUAUGAACGAGUCCUCCAACUGCAACUCACGGGAACAGUCAGACGAUGAGCUGGAGGAGUCGCUGGCCUUUCGCAGACUGCACAAACUGGUCAGCUCAACCCGGCGUGUGAGGAAGAAGCUCAUCAGAAUAGAUGAGAACAAAAAACCUACGUCAAAAGACUCUGAGGUGUCUCCCACUUGUGAGGAUAACACCUCUCUGUACUCCGGGGUGCAGAAGCGAGUUGUCCAGGGUGAUGGACUGGCUUCAGUUCUGCAGGAGCAGCUGUCUGUGGAUGGAGAUUCAGACAGCCUGACCACUUCACCCUCUUCUAGCAGCCUGGACACUUACAGCAGCCACAAGCUCUUCAAAGCCUUCAGCAAGUCCAGCAGCAGUCAGGGUUUGGGCCAGAUGUCCUCAGGCCCAGGUGGAGCUGCUCUGGGGCUUGAUGCAGGCAGUGGCUCCUCUUUUUCAGAGGCAGAGGGUUGCUGUGAGGAUCAGCCCAUGAUGGCCCGCUCUGUGACAGACGGUGAAAUGAGACGCGCCCUGAGCCCCUCCAACUACCACGGGAGGGCCUGUAGCUUCGGAGGAUUUGACCUCGUGAACCGGUCUGUAUACAUGAGAGAGAGCAGCUGUGACCCUAAUAUUGAGGGUGGAGACAGCAGAAGAGAGGCAGCGAGGUCCCCCACUCCGUCCCGCAUCUCUCUGGGCAAGAAGGUGAAGUCGGUGAAGGAGACCAUGAGGAAACGUAUAUCCAAGAAGUACAGCUCUGCUCUGUCUGAACAGUCAAGCCCCAACAGAGAGCCAGGCUCCCCUCAGUCCCCACACGCACACACUGACACUCUGGAGAAACCCAAACUGAAAGCUGGAGGCUCUGUGGAGAGCCUGAGGAGCUCACUAAGUGGACAGAGUUCAAUGAGCGGGCAGACAGUUAGUACUACAGACUCCUCAGCCAGUAACAGAGAAAGCGUGAAAUCGGAGGACGGUGAUGAUGACGAGCUACCAUACAGAGGGCCUUUCUGUGGUCGAGCCCUCGUACACACCGACUUUAUCCCCAGCCCCUAUGACACAGACUCCCUCAAACUCAAGAAAGGAGAUGUAAUAGACAUCAUCAGUAAGCCACCCAUGGGUACGUGGAUGGGCCUGCUGAAUAACAAGGUGGGCACCUUUAAAUUCAUCUAUGUAGAUGUAUUGAGUGAGGAAGAGGAGAAGCCCAAACGCAGCGUAAGGAAGAGGAGGAAGAGCCGGCCACCAAAACCCACAUCUGUGGAAGAGCUUCUGGAUCGCAUUAAUCUCAAGGAGCACAUGCCCACAUUCCUGUUUAAUGGCUAUGAGGAUCUGGACACAUUUAAGUUGCUGGAAGAGGAGGACCUGGACGAGUUGAACAUUAAAGACCCCCAGCACAGAGCAGUACUGCUGACUGCAGUGGAACUGCUGCAAGAAUAUGACAGUAACAGUGACCCUGAGCGUGGAGGUUCUUCAGGAGGUUCUGAGGAGAAGGUUCUGUCAGAGAGUGGAGCCCCUCCAGACUCCCCCCGUGACUCUGGCUGCUAUGAGAGCAGUGAGACGCUGGAGAACGGGAAAGACAAAAAGGCAUCUCAUUUAAGCAGGUCCUCGUCAGGCUUUGAGUCCAGUCACCUCCCAUCUCCCGAGUAUCCAACACCUCCCCUCAGCCAGUCCAGCGGGUCCAGGAGUCGUGAUCCACAGUCUCUCCUGCUUCCCUUCCCAAUGGCCAACGUGAAAGGACUUUGCUUUGGUAUGAGCCCCUGCUUGCUCAGAGCAAAGCUCCUCAGUCAGAGCUGUGAUGCACUAGUUGGUCUCCCUGCUCCUCAAGGGCUGUGGAAGCGUUGCCUUUCAUUGGACGACCUUCUGCAGGAUCGGAUUCUCCACACAAAGGACCCAGAGGAUUUGAGGCCCACCCAUUCAGAGGCAUGUGGUGGUGCAGUGCAUAGGCAAAUCCCUGCUGAGAGGCACAGCCCAGUUCAAACUGAAGGUACAGUUCCAGAAAAGCCUCAGAUAUGUGGCACCCCAGAGGAUGACUCUGCAGAGCUAGGCACAGGAGAUGAGCUGUCUGCUACUUUUCCUUCUAUUGACUCCAUCACAGCAGAAGUGGAGGCUGAGGCGCUACCUGUAGACGUUCCUGAAGCAGGUCCAGGCAGUGCUCCUUUAUGCACACAUCAUGUGAGACCACCAGUUCCUCCCAAACCUCUGCCAGUGUCCCUUGCAAAGGGCAAGGAGAUUAGCCCUGAUAUUGCUCCUGGGUGCAGUAAACCUUUUAUCUGUAGAAUUGGAAAGAAAGUUCAGCAUGGCAAAGGGGCUAAUCUGGAGUCGCUUGUAGAGGAAAAGCUGAGCUUGGAUGGUAUUGACCUCACAGAGGAGCCCUAUUCUGAUAAGCAUGGCCGUUACGGGGUCCCCUUCUCCCUCAUCCAGAGGUACUCUGAAGAUCUGAACAAGCCUUUGAGUGAUAUUGCAACAGUCAUGGAUCAGACAAGAGUCCAGCAGCUUCGUAAACAGCACCGCAUGGCAAUUCCAUUGAGAGGUUUAUCAGAGAUUUGCGUAAAGCUGUAAUUCCUUGAGCACACUGGGGGCAAUGCUGGAUGCCAGGUCAUCUUGAUAGUUUCUGGCAUGGAUGCCUGGAUGAUUACAGCAACUUCUGUAAAUGGGAGUGGAUCAUACAACAAAUUCUACAUUUUUCAACCACUGGUGGACCGCAACAACAGCCCCAGCCAUGAAGGAUAAAACUGCAUAAAGACUGAUGCCAGAAUGUUUGAAUGGGACUACAAUGUCACAGACUGUUGUGAAGGAAAGCUGUAUGCUUUUCAAGCGCUAGUGAAGCCAAUUAAGAUUUGCAGUGGAAGAACAUGGUGGUCUUUUGUUUGUUAUUUUUAUAACCUGUAGUUUUAAUGUUUUAGAUUUUCAAACAGAUGUGCGAGUGUUGUAAGUGUGCUUAGAUGCGUGCCAACACUGAUACAAGAUUUUGAAACUUACAUGGUUGCAUAGUUUAGACAAAUUCAGACAAAAAAACAUUUUGUUUAGGCAGUGAUUUUUAUGCAGAGACCUGUAUCCUCCUUAAAUCUCAUAUUAACUGUGUAGUAGAAUGUUAUGAAUUGUGAACUAUGACUGUCACCUCUCAAAUGUAAAUACAGAGGAGCUCUAUGACGAAUUGUGAAUUUGCAUUUGUUUUAAAAUGUGUUCUGUCAUUUCACUUGGUUUGAAAAUUAUAGAAUGAUGAUUGUGGUUUAUGAUUGUUGAUUAUGAUUCAACCAGUGGUUCUCAUUCUCAUCAAAGCAGCCCAUGUAACAUAACCUUGUUCCGAUUAUCAGCUAAAUAUUAAAAUAAUUGAACAGUUUCCAGAAAAUGGAAAACCUAUAACAUAACAGUGUAGGCAUCAGCCAUACAGUGGACUGGGAUUGAGAACCACUGCAUACAUAGCUACUGAAAUCAAGGGAACAGUUAUUGUAAUUAAAGUAGUCAA